CUAGCUGCAUCACGUGUGAAAUUGUAUUUACGUUUUCAUCAUUUUUUUUUUGUUUAGUAUACAGAACAGUGGGCCUCAUAAGAGAAACUCGUAUAAGUAUGGAGAGGAACGAAUCCAUCGUUUUUGUCUUGUUAAUGUUGGUCCUCUUCCAAGACAGGACCACUGCCAGUUGGAUGUGGAUGGGAAUUUCGGCGCUGGGCACCCGAAGCAGUGGAAAUCUGACGACUUGUUAUGGAGUUCCUGGCUUGUCCUCUCAGCAGAUGACUGUCUGUCAGUCCAAACCGGACCUCAUUCCAACCCUCAGACGUGGAGCAAAGCUUGGAAUUGGUGAGUGUCAAAACCAGUUUGCCAAAGAACGAUGGAAUUGCUCCACCACAAAUUCCUCGUCAGUAUUCGGUGGAAUUAUUAACAUAGGAAGUCGUGAGGCUGCGUUCAUUUACGCGAUAACUUCUGCUGGUGUGGUACACGCGGCCAGCAGGUCAUGCAGUCUUGGCAACCUCAGUGAAUGUGCUUGUGAAACUCGCAGGAAAAGAAAGCAGCCCUCCAGAGGAUGGGAGUGGGGAGGCUGCAAUGAUGACGUGAAGUUUGGUGUCUGGUUGUCAGAGACGUUUGUAGAUGCACCUGAACGGAACGAGCGAGGUGUCACGAGCUCUGAUAAGAAGGCACGUUUACGGAAGAAGGCAAGACAUGCAAUGAACCUUCAUAACAAUCAUGUUGGUAGACUGGCCGUUCAAACCCUUGUAAGUGAUCGCUGUCGUUGCCAUGGAGUCUCUGGCUCUUGCACCAUGCAAACAUGCUGGAAAACUGUGCCGAACUUCGAAAAAGUCGGGGAAUUUUUAAAAGCUAGGUACGCGAAUGCGGUACAAGUAGUUUACAACAGACGAAAGCGACGCAUAAGGCGAAAGGAGCAGAAACGACUAAAGAUUACCAGAGAUACGUUGGUGUACAUCGACCGGUCACCAAACUAUUGUAAUCCUAAUCCGACUCUGGGCAUCUUAGGCACGUCUGGCCGGGUGUGUAACAAGACGUCUUCAGGAGGAGACCGAUGUGAUAUGCUGUGCUGCGGAGGAGGGUAUAACACUCAGGAGGUACGAGAAGUCAAACGGUGCAACUGCAAGUUUGUAUGGUGUUGUGUUGUGACCUGUGAAAAGUGCCCUCUGAUUUAUGACCGGCACACCUGCAAGUAACCAUCAAGAUUCCCCUCUUUUAGCAGCAAUUUUCUUCCCCGUGGAGAUCAACUUUAUAGUUUAAUAAGUUAUUUAUUAAUUAAAAACAAUCAGGAAGUGAUAUGAAUUAACAUGGUGGCUAAAAGCCCGCGUUCGUCUUUACUCUUGGAACUUUCCUACUUCCACUUUAGCACAAAAGAAAGGGAAUGUCAAUGAAUAACAACAAAGUUAUGCUUUGAGUUGAAACUCUACUCAGCAACUACGUAUCUCGUAAACUAGCUGUGCAUCAGCAAUUUAUCAAUAAUUUAUUAGACUCUGUAAACUGCAAAUAAUGUCUAGUUUAAUGCAGUAAGAAAGAAGUGAACUAAUGAGGUGGAAUACAAAUGAUACUACGGUUUUCAUUUUUUUAAAUAGUCUGACUGACCGACUGACUGACCUACUGGCUGACCGACUGACUAACCGACCGACCAAACGACCGUCUGACAAACAGACAGGCAGAGAAAGACAGACUUAUAUAGGCAGCAGACGAAAGACACUGAGUCGGCAGACUGUCAGAAAAGCAAACAACAAACCCACAUACGUAACCAGCAAAUUAACAGACGCAGUACUUCAAACGAAAAUUUUCAAGGCAAAGGCGUGGAGUACAGCGUCUUAUUGUAACCGAUAUUUUCAAUUUUCUUGUUGUUAUAAAUGUCAGUCAGGUACUGUGUAACAUUUUGCAUGUAGUGUACGUUAUUUAUAUCCAGUAGCACGUAAAUGACUUGAUUUGAUCAUUUUAAGGGAUACAUGGCCAGUUUAAUGCCGGUCACUUUACUAUAAUGGGCAGAGCAGGGGACACAUUCUUCUCUUUUUAUUCGUCCUCUCUAUUUUAUUCCGCUUGCAAUCGACAAAAUGACAUAGUGAUAUAACUGAUACACGGUUAAGCCACCUACAUUCUAAUUGGUGACGAUAUUUUUUUAUUCAAAAUCUUUUCAAGUUUGAGAUAUCACUAUCAAUUCGCUUCUUGCCCAUUUCCGGUCCAUGCAAGAAGACAAUAAUCGAUAAUAUAUGGUGUAAAGUUAUGUCGAGUUUUUAUCACAUAGGAAACCUUGAAGUUCUUGCUUAGUUCAUUUGUACAA